GUAGCAGAAAAUUCGCGGAUUCGCUCUCGUUGUUUUCCCGAAGGCUUUCCAGAUUUCCACGUCACACGUGCUUCCAAUUUUAAAUCGGCGGUCCUUGGACGACUCGACUCGCUUGUUUUCACGUUUUUCUCGCCUAGUCGUGUCUGUUUUCCUUUCCCAAAAGCUACCUGUAAAAAAUCAACAAAUGACCGUUACGAAAAUAUUUAGUCAUGUAAUGUUAAGAGCGAAACUACUCGAAUGGAUAUAAAAAUUAAAAUCCGGAGCCUCAGUUAACACGAGAUGCAACAAAGGGGCUCUUCCUCAACCGCAAUGGAAAGCGACGAAACAGAACAAAGCAAUAUUCCUCCUUCCAGAGGAAGGCCCACGUCGAAAUUAAAAGUUCUGGGUCGAAGUCAUGCGAUGCGCGAAGAACAAUCUCCUCCCAGAGAACCGGCCGCAGGUGUAACAGUUUGCGCAGACCAAAGGGUUUCUGGGGGCCAUCUGCAAUCGCCGCCCGCGCUGGUGUUGAGUCCGUCACCCGCUGAGGAAGAGGAAACGGGCCUGGAACGAGUAGCAGGUGAUACUGGUUCACCUGGUGCUGUAAUGGGGUCCACCGCUAGUCCGAGGUGCUCUCCUCAUUGUGAAAAUAGUGGAUCGUGUGAACGAUUGCAUCCGGUCGAGUCAGAUUUACCUUCUAGUCCGAAAUGCCAUAGUAGUAAGAGUAAUUCUCCUAACGAAAGAUCUCCCAAUCAUAAAUCUAGUCAGAACAAUGCAAAAGGCAAGAAAUACUGUGACUGUCAGAACCAGAACUGUAUCAAAUGUCUGAAGGAAAAAGGCGGGAACAACAACAAUCAUAACAGUACAAAUAACAACAACACCGGCAACGCCAACAAUAUGUUGUUUGUGAACAAAUCUCGGGGCAAGUUAAAACAGCAGAGCUCGUCACAGACCAGUUUGAGCUUCGAAAGUUCCACGGGCAAUAGCUCGUGCCUGUCAAGAGAGAGCAGUUCAGACUGUUACACGGACACCACUGGUGUGAAUUUGGAACAGUUCAUUCCCGAAACGCUUAACAGGAACCCAAAGGACCGUGCUCUGAUGCUACGGAUCGAAGAAGAAUUGAUUCUUCUUGCUAACGAUAAAUUCCAGACUCACUACAAGUUCCCCCCGAUGUCGAGCUACCAUCGCAUGCUGGUUCAUCGAUGCGCAGCCUACUUCGGCAUGGACCACAACAUAGAGCAAUCAGGCAAAUGCGUUGUAGUAAACAAGACGAAAAACACCCGGAUACCGGACGUGAAAUUCAAGGAGCACAUCAAGGAGAUAUUCAACGACGAACCUCCCAGAAGCCUUAGGUCUAUCCUGAAACGCGACUCGAACAGCAUAGAGGACUACUGCUUCAAGAGUCCGGAGAGAGGUUAUAGUUUGGAGAGUCGCAGGAGCAAGAGUUUUGAGGAAAGGGAGGAGGAAUACGAGAAAGCGAGGAGAAGGAUAUUUAGACAAGAGAUGCACGAUGGUUCUUCGGACGACUUCGGAUGGUCAGACAUGCAGUGGUCGAGUACAGAAAGCGACUACUCCCGGUAUAGACUGCAACCCCCAGAGUUUCAGAGUAAACAAUUAAGAAGGCUAUUAAAAGUUCAUUCUGAAGAAACUGAACAAUCCAUGCGCCCUUGUGUCGCGAAGAGUUACAGCUUUGGAGGUUAUGGAGGCAACGUUUCUAUACUGACAAGAGGCGAUAGUGUCAUGUCCACUCACAGUGCACCCGGUCCUAGACUUUUGACCAAGCAAGAUUCAGGAGCCAGUUCGGUCUCUUGGAGGUUAAGUCCGUCAAGUUCAGGCUACAAGUCGCAGUCUCAACUGUCCGAGUCGGUGACGCCCAGCCCUACCUCAACGCCCCAUCCUACAGGCCUUGGUGACUCUGGAGACGCCCACGAUCAUCAGAGGGGGUGCGCUAGAGGCAGUAACGCCGUCGUGUGGGCUGUUACCGACAUGUGUAACGUACCCAAAGGCAGUAUUAUCAUUAAUCCAGAGACUGGCAAGCCGUUCAAGAAUGGGGAUGGCUCUAUUUACCACUACGAUCCUAGCAAUCCCCCUCCUGGAUUUUUAACCGAGCCAAGUCCAAGAUUGUCCGAAAAGCCACACCGUCCGAUGACACCUGACAGGGAGAAAACGCCUACGUCAUCACCAAAGCAUGAGAAACGACCGUCUAGGAAAUCUUCACCUGUCAAAUUGAAAUCUAGCUUCACCAACACAGCAACUAGUCCUAGCUUGCCAUUUUCGCCACCUUUAUCUUCAUCUUCAUCUGUCGGAGUUCCUACGGGAAGGAGUUAUCCUUUCAUGCAGGUAGUGAACUCUUGCGAAAGUUUGCCGCAACAAACUCACUUUUCCAGCUUUUCAAAUCCUCCAACCGAUGGCAAUGCUCCCAUUUACCAACAACCUUACAUUGUUUACACAACUCCAUAUGGUAUACCCGUACCUCAGCAAUACGACAAUAGAAUCGAACAACCUAGCAUGCCGGAAUUAAACACCACGACAUAUUUUAUUCCUGAAGGAGGAGGCGCUCCUGCUGCUCAAACUAUCGCUUAUCAAUCACCUACUUCUGGCCCUUACUGGAACCAGCAACCCAUCAGUUUCUAUCCCAACAGUCCUCAGCCUGCCAGUCAAACACCGCCGCAGAGGUUUUCGGUGCAUAUGCAACCCCCAGGACCAUCAGCUUUUAUGCCGCCUAGUUAUUCUACGGCAGUCAAUUAUGUGAAUCAGCCGCCUGGACAGCAAACGCAAAAUCCCGAAGUGGUCCCGGUGUUCCCCAAUCAGCCUGUUCAAGUGGUCUACCCGCCUAGUCAGCCCAACAGCUCUGUGAUAUAUCAGAAUCCACCGUCGUUGAUUUACUCGCAAAAUACUCCUCUAUAUCAAACUGCAUCGUAUCCGGUACAAAACAUGCCUAUUUAUCCUCAAAGUACUCCUACGCCCAGUAGUUGCAGCGCCUCCAUACCCAGUACGCCUUUUGCGGGGGAACCCCGAAAUUCCGACGGAUUUGUACACUUGACACAAGGCGUCCAACACAUGAAUUUGGGCAUGCCACCACCACCGAACAAUCGAAACUUCGUCCCUUUAAAUCUGAAAUGUACACAAUUUGAUCAAAGACCACGCGGUUCCGUCACCAAGAUGUCUAGUCAAUCGAAACCGCCCAGGCCGUUUAUGAUGGGUUCUAGUCAGAGCAGUACCGGUACGAAUUCUCCUGCAGCAACCGUCAUCGCCGGAUACUGCCCCGGAUCGGCGAUGGGACCCGGGCAGUACCGAACGCCGCCGCCCAGCACGCCACCUACACCGCAGUUUGUGUUCCACCAGCCUGGCAUGCCGAUCGCGCCCAGAAUCUUUCGACAGCUAAGUAGUGAAAGAGGCGCUACACCCAACACUGCCAAAAGCAGCAGAUCUCCGACUCCAGCCAGCGAUGCGGCGACGCAUUUCGAACGACAAAGGUUUAUGUUUCCCACGAAUUUUUACCAAGGAAUGCCUAUGCCUUACAUUGUUCAAUCAGAUCCACGCUUAGUAGGUAGAGGACAGCCGAACGUCUAUAGACAAACACCUCCGUUGAACCAAAACAAGCCGGCAAACAUGAACCAAAACGCAGACAACCGGUAUCACAAUAAGAACAGAAAACCCAAGUAGGUAAAACCAACGAUAGUUCAGAGAUAUCUCUCUCACUAGAUGCCUUUUCUUUUUCCUUGCCAUUUACACAACACAAUAAGACGUUUAGACAUUGUAUGUUAGUGUGAAGUUUCGUUAAAUUUGAAGUUUAAUUCAAAAAUAAUCUAGUACUUAAAAAAAAUGGUUGUUACAAUAAAAUGAUUUUUAUA